CGGUGCUGGCGGUGGUGAUACUGGUGCUGCACAUGCUCUACCAGUUCGCCCGAUAUAUACUUGACUUUACUGGGGAACGGGUGCUCUCGAGCUGCCAUAUUGACGAUAUCAUAGACCUGAGCCCGAUGGUAGACUGGACUCAAACGCAACAACAGCCGCCCCCACCACCACCGCAACAGCCUGUCCACAGCCAUCCCAACUCAUCGCACAUAGAAAUAGCGGCUAAGGCCUACCUCGAGACCAAUGUCCGCUAUUACCUGCAAAAUGUCAAUAAUAACACCGGUGCCGAUCAGCACCAGAAGUCGAGCACCGGUACCACCAGUGCUAAUAGGAAUGCGGCCACAGAUUUCAUUGUGAGUAUCCGCGAUAUUUUUAAAGGCAUUCCCCGUAAACUGUGUUCCAUAUGUAGGAGCCCUUUGGGUCUCGCGUGCGACAGAUGUUUUCAUCUGUGCCAUGGCAUCAGUAGCACCAGCAGUACCAGAGCACAGGCAUCAUCAUCAUCAUCAAUGCCAUGGCAGGCCUACCCAUACAUCUCCAACUCCUUC